AUGAUUGUAAUUAUUCAUUUCACAAGAGUCAUAAUCUUCGAAUCAGUCUGGUAUAGAGUGAGAAAUUUGAAGAAACGCCUAGAAUAUAUGUUAUCGCAAGUGUUGGUGACAGUUUUGACAUUCAUACCAGGGCUGGUUGCAAGUAUUCAUGACAUCAUUUCGGAAUAUCCUAAACCGAUUAUAAGAAUCUCAAUGCAACAGAUUAUCACAGAACUCAUAAUUAUGUGUGUCCCCGCGAUAUUUUCUGAGAUCAUCAAUCGUGAGAUAUAUUCUAUGAAGUUUCUACUGAGCAAACAUAUGCUGGUUUGUAAAAACGACGACAUGCGUGAAUUGAUGGAAGAUUGUUUAACCUUUUUGGAGCAUCGUCCUUUUAAAUAUACUGUGUUUAGAUUGUUCAGUAUCGAUAUAAAUAUGGUUUUUACAAUGAUUAAUCUAUGUAUCACCUACGCUAUUGCUAUAAUACAGUUUGGACACUAUUUUAAUUAA